ACCAUCCCAAAACAAAAUCCCAAAAAUACCAUCCCAAAACCAUCCCAAAAUCAUCCCAAAACCAUCCCAAAGUCACCACGGGAAUGGGAAAUCCGGGAAAUCCUGGUGGGAAUGGGAAAUCCGGGAAAUCACCAUGGGAAUGGGAAAUCCGGGAAAUCACCGUGGGAAACGGAGGCUGUGGUUGGGAAAUGAUGAUGGGAAUGGGAAACCAAGGUGGGAAAUCAUCCCCAGCGCUGCUGCGGGCUCCCUCGCCCUGCACAGACACAUUGGCACAUAAAUGAUCCCUGCUGAAAAUUCCAGCCUUUCCUGGCCCUGGAAAUUCUGUCCCAGGAUGGGACAAAGCCGAGCAGCCACAGGAUUUUCCCCUCCGCAACAUCCCAUUCCCAAGCGGCUGAAAUAAAAAAGCUCCGGCUGGGUUGAAAACCCCUUUUCCAGAGGGAAACUUCCAGAAGGAGGGGGAGCAGGCGGAUUACCAUCCACGCCGGGGAGACGGGGCCGUGGGCAGGCGGUGCUGGGGAAGGGCCGGUCCGACCCGCCCGGCCGAGCAGGGUCGCGGCUCUCGGGGUGCCCUGGGGCCGUCUGGGCUCCCCCCGGUACCCAGAUCAGGUUGAACCUCCUGAGCUUCCAGCCCAGCCUGUAAUUAGCGCUCGGCCCAUGCCGAGGAGGGAGAUGCGGGCCCUGGGAAGGAGCCGCGGAAGCCUCGGGGUGUGAGACUGGCGCUGGCUGAGGGUGGAAAAUUCGUCUCACACCCGGCCGGAGCGGGCUCGGGGGUCCCUCUCCACGUGUUGCUCCUCGUUUUGUUUUCUUGCUGCUACCCCAGAUCUCAGGAUGUUUUUCCGAAGGGUGAUUCUGACCCCCAUCCGCACACGAGGAUCCCCCCACAAAGGCUUUCCCACCCCCCAAAUGAUGCCCAAAACCCCAGAUCCCUCCUCCCAAGGUGGCUGUGGUGGGCUGGGGCACCCUCCAGCCCGAGGACAGGGGCUUCACCACCCCCCGUCCCUCUCCCCAAAACCUCGGGGAGCCUUUGGGGAAGGGCUUUGACAGCGGGGACCCCGCGGCGGUGACUCAGGGAUGCCGGGGCUUGCGAAACAGGCCCGGGAUGAUUUUUGGGAGACGCCUCCACUCAGCCCCGCCAAGCCCAGCCGCCCCGGGCAGCCCGUGGGGGGAACAAGCCACGGCAGCGUCUGGGCUUUGAGCAGCGGCUGACCCGUCAGGCAGGUUUCCCGGAGCAGAGCCCAGCCCGCAGCGAGCCGUCCGGAGCCGGGGAUGCCUCUCCUGCCGCUCCGAGGCUGACGGAGCCCCCGGCUCUCUGCUCGCCACGGCCGGAGCCAUGCGGGCGGCCGGGCUGCUGCUGGCCUGGGCGCUGCUGCUGCAGCACCGCUCUGCCGGUCAGCAGUGCCACCCCUCCGGUCCCACCGGCGUCCUCCGCUUCACCGACCGGCACGCCGAGAUCCGGGUGCCGGCUCUGCACCGCGUGCCCAGCUCGCUCGAUCCCCUCUACGGCCUCGUCCGGAGCUGCCUGGACCUCAUCCAGCAGAACCCGCUGCCCACAGAGCUGCUCAGGACAGCCCUGAACGACCCCGGCUCGGUGCGGACGUCUCAGGUGGUGCAGUACGAGCUGGGCUAUGUCGUCUGUGCCGCCGUGGCUCUGCUCUUCACCGUGGCCGUGCCGGUGGCCGGGAUGUGCUUCUGCUACUGCCGGAGCCGCCGGAGGUGCGGGGGUCGCCUCCGCGCCCACCGGCGCUCGCUGGGCUGCCGCCGCCGCUGCCUGCUGGCCUGCCUGUCCUUCACCUCCCUCAUCAUCCUGAUCGGAGUCACCUGCGCCUUCGUCACCAACCAGAGGGUGAAGGGACAGAUGGAGCCGGGGCUGGGGGCUGUGCCCUCCACCCUGCGCACGCUGCGACAGCACCUGGCCAAUGUCCCCCAGGGCGUGCAGAUGGUGGUGGACAAGUUCGAGGUGCCCCGAAAGCAGAUCAUCUCUGACCUGGGCGGGCUCAGCCGGAGCGUGGGGCUCUCCAUCCACUCGCAGCUCAAGGCCGUGACCUACGCGGCGCUGGAGGACCUGCAGGACCGGGCCGGAGACCUACAGACCUCGCUGCACCAUUUACAGAUCCUGCACAGGACGGCGCGGGCGCUGGCGGCGGCUCGGGCCGAGCUGGAGCCGGCGCUGCGGGAACGAAGGCGCCGCGUGGUCGCGCUCCUGGACGACCCGCGCUGCACCUCCUGCUCCAGCGUCCUGGGCAGGGCACAGAGCCUGGAGCUGGGCGCCGACUACGGCAAGGUGCCGUCGGUGGAGAAGGUGUUGAAGGCGCUGGCCGGGCUGCCCCGAAGUGACUUUGCGGAGAUGAUUCGCCAGGGCAACGGCACCUUCAACUCCAUCCCGGAGCUGGCCGUGGAGAGGAUGGCGCAGGUCAUCCAGGAUCUGCGGGGCGAUUUGGCCCGCACUGCGGAGAAGGUGCAGUCCAUCGCCGACGGCUUCCCCCUCCCCGACUACACUCGGCCGGUGAGCGAGGCGCUGCUGAAGGCGGAGCAGCGGAGCCAGCCGUACCUGCGGGAGGUGGAGCGCUUCGAGCGCUACAGGUGGAUCGCGGGCACGGUGCUGUGUUCCAUCAUCCUCCUCAUCCUCGCCUGCAACGUGACGGGGAUGGCCCUGGGGGCGUACGGCCUCUCCAAGCGGGAGGACCCCAGCGACUACGAGUGCCGAGCAGAAGCCGGCGCCAAAUUCCUCCUGCUCGGCGUGGGCUUGGCUUUCCUGUUCUCCUGGCUCCUCAUCCUCCUGGUUUUCGCCACCUUCCUGGUCGGGGGCAACAUCCAGACGCUGGUUUGCAGGAAUUGGGUCAACCAGGAGAUUUAUAAGUUCAUCGACACCCCCGGGAACCUCCCGCCCUCCAUGAACCUCACCCAGCAGCUCAACCUCAGGAGGGACUCCAACCUCAGCUCCGCGUACCGGGAGUGCAAGAGCGGCGCGGGGCUCUGGGAGGUUCUGCAGCUCCACAGCUCCUACGAGCUGGAUGAGCACCUGAAAACCCCCAAGUACACGGCUGACUUCCAAAAACGCCUGGGCGACUUCACGGCCAACCUGGGGGACGUGAGGCUCCUCCGCAGCGAGGGCAGGCAGGACCUGGAGAGCUUCGCCCGCAGCGGGGUGGACGAGGUGGACUACGGGCGCUUCCAGGAGGAGAUGAAAAACCCGGUGGUGCAGACCAGCCUGCCCGGUUUGGCCAGGAACCUGGAGGGGCUGCAGAAAAUGCAGAGGAACCGCACGGUGGCCGGGAGGCUCGCAGAGGAGGCGCGGGCGCUGUGGCACAUGCAGAACUCCACGGUGCAGUCGCAGGAGGCUUUGGUGGCAAAGCUGGGGGAAAGCGUCCGGUUCCUCUCCCGCUUGGCACCGCACCUCAAGGAGCGCCUGAGGAGGACUCUGGCCACCACGGCGUCCGUGGAAGCCCGGCUGCCCGUGCAAGCCCAGCAGAUCCUCCGGCAGGUGAGGCAGGGCUGGAGGAAGCAGAAUUCCCCGGAGAGGGAGGAAAGAGGGAGAACGGGGAGAUGCAAGAGGGAACGGGGAGCCCUCGGCCUCAUUUCCCAGCCGAUGUUAGCCCGGAGGUGGCUGGAG